AUGAUGAUGACACUUAGUAAUGAUGACAACGAAGUUGUCAGUGGAGAGAAAUGCGAGACUGAAAAGUUGCCAAAAUUGAUUGAGAUGUCUCAAUGUCCAAGAGUAUACCGAGUUCCAGAUUUCUUGUCACCCGCUGAAUGCGAACAUCUUAUCGACAUAUCCAAGAACAAGCUCAGACCAUGCAACGAAAUUUCAUCGGGCGUCCAUCGUAGUGGUUGGGGCCUGUUUAUGAAAGAGGGCGAGGAAGAUCACGAUGUAGUAAAGAAAAUAUUCCAAAGAAUGAAAAUGCUUGUAAAUUUAACUGAAAAUUGUGAAGUAAUGCAAGUUAUUAGAUACCAUCCAGGUGAAGAAACAUCAGCACAUUAUGAUUAUUUUAAUCCAUUGACAACAAAUGGAGCGAUGAAAAUUGGAUUGUAUGGACAACGUGUUUGUACCAUUUUAAUGUAUCUCUCAGAGGUUGAGGAAGGUGGAGAGACAUCAUUCCCAGAGGUUGGUGUCAAGGUGAAGCCUGUAAAGGGUGAUGCUGUAUUGUUUUACAAUUGCAAGCCAAAUGGAGAGGUCGAUCCAUUGUCUCUUCAUCAAGGCGAUCCAGUCAUCAAGGGUACAAAGUGGGUUGCCAUUAAAUUAAUCAACCAAAAGAAUAGCCCACCUCCUCCAGCUACCACCACUCCAGCAACAACAUCGAACCCAACUUCAAAUACAAAUCCAACUCCAUCAGGAUCAUCUGCACCAUAA